CAAAGAGAAGAAUACCUACUGCAUAGAAACAUAUAUAUAUUAAUAUUGCUCCUCUUUAAUUAGUACUUAGUAAUGGAAUCAUUAGUUGAAGACGUUGUCAUUGUGGGAGCUGGGAUUGCUGGACUCACAACAUCCUUGGCACUUCACAGGUUGGGUGUCCGAAGUUUGGUAUUAGAAUGUUCGGAUGCUUUAAGGGUCACUGGGUUUGCUUUGACAACAUGGACAAACGCUUGGAAAGCCUUGGAUGCUGUUGGCGUCGGAGCCAUUCUUCGUCAGCAACAUCUCCAGCUAAAUGAGAAUGUGACUACGUCUUUGGUUAUGGAGCAGCAAACAUCAAGUUUGUCUCUCAAGGGCACAGGAAAACAUGGAGAGAGGGAAGUUCGUUGUGUUAGAAGACAACUAAUGUUGGAAGCACUUGCUAAGGAGCUUCCAAGUGGCACGAUGAGGUUCAUGUCAAAGGUUGUUGCUAUACACGAAUCUGGCUUUUCUAAGAUACUCCAUCUUGCUGAUGGAACAACCAUAAAAACCAAGGUGUUGAUUGGGUGUGAUGGAAUAAACUCUAUGGUCGCAAAGUGGCUGGGCUUCAAGGAGGCAUCUUUUACGGGGAGAUACGUAAUCAGGGGUUAUACAAAGUUGAUGGGCCAUGAUGGGCUUGAGCCCAAAUUCAAUCACUACUUUGGGAAAGGCUUUCGAGCUGGUGUAUUGCCCUGUGAUGACAACACUGUUUAUUGGUUUUUAACUUGGACUCCCACCACUCAAGAAAUGGGGCUAACAGAAAACCCAGCUAAAAUGAAGCAAUUAGCGUUGAGCAUGCUUGAGAAGAUGCCAAGUGAAGUCAAAUCCUUUAUAGAGAAAACAGAAGUGAAAGAUAUUUUAACUUCACCAUUGAGAUAUAGACAUCAGUGGGAACUAAUGUUGGGGAACAUUAGUAAAGACAACGUUUGUGUUGUUGGAGAUGCAUUUCACCCCAUGGCCCCUGACCUAGGCCAAGGUGGUUGUUGUGCUUUGGAGGAUGGGAUUGUCUUAGCCAGGUUUCUAGCUGAGGCCUUCAACAAAAAACCUUGCAAACACAUUAAAGAGAUGGAUGAAGAGGCUAAGGCUGAGGUGCAACACAAGAAGAUUGUGGCUAGCUUGAAGAAAUAUGCAAAAGAGAGAAAAUGGAGAAGCUUUGAUAUUAGUGUUACAUCUUAUGUCAUGGGGCUUGUUCUGCAGGGUGAUUUGAAAUUGGUAGCACAUUUCAGGGACAAAGUUUUGCCUAAUUUCCUAGCUGAGUUGCUAUUGAAGAAGUCAGAUUUUGAUUGUGGAAAACUUAUAUGUGACACCUAUGAUGUGGUGGAAUAAUAUUAUUAUUAAUCAUGCCCCCUUGUAACUUGGUGGCCAUAUAUUAUAAUUUAAUUUCAUCUACCCAUUGCCCAUGAGUAACAUAUAUGAAAAAUAUGUAUUUCUAUGAAUUUUAAUGUACUGUACUGUAUAAUUCACUUUCGUGAAUUAAGAUCUUGUUUCGCAUGAAUGCCACUAGAUGUCAAA